AUGGAUGAAAAUACAAAAAUCGAAACUUUCUUGGGUUCUUUUAUAAGUAACGGCAAUGCUACUCAAGAAGAAGCAGAUAAAGUACUUAAAAUAUUUAAUCAACAUUGGAUUCGCAGAUUAAAGGAUUGUAAGGUGUUUGACAUAAAAUCUUUAGAAGAAAAAGGCAUUCCUGCGUUGAAUCUGGUAAGUGAAACAUCAUAUGAGAGAAUGUUUGAUACUCAAUAUAAGGAAAUAGUUGGAGUAGUUGGAGGCCCAGUGUCUCUCUCUGAUCCAGGCUGCAUACAGAGGUUAAGGGAACAGUUUGGUUAUACCCCAAGAUUAGGAGGAAUUGGUGGCACAACUUAUCGAGAGGAAGCAUUUACAAACUUUGAAGGUGUUGAUGUGAAUAGUAACUUGACUUGCAAGAGGUUGGCAACUGUAACAAAGUUACACAAUCACCUUCAGAAUGCAAGAUUUUUGCUUGUGCGCUCACCCCCAAUGUCUGGAAAGACAUCACUUGCACAACUCUAUGAGAACUAUUUACUCAAUACACAUAAUGCACUGCGUAUAUUUCGGAUGUCACUUGUAUGGUUGAGGAAGGAGGGAUCAGACUGGGAUUUUGCACAGCAAUUCAAGGAUUAUAUGGGAGGCUUGUCAUGGGAUACCUUUGUCCGUGAGUGUGACAAAGUACAAACAAUACUGAUCAUAGAUGAAAUUCAGGGGUUAUACAAACCAGAAGGUGUAUCAGCCUGUCUAUUUGGUGGUGACAAGUUUUGGGACACUGUCAAGAGAGUUCUACAGGGUGGUGGUCUCCAUAUUGUUGCUUUUGCAUCAUAUGGAUAUCGGGGAGCAUAUAGUGGACCAGGCUAUCUUAAAACUAUAUCUCCUUUUGACUUAGAUGAAAUUAAUACUUGGAAUUUUGAAGAUGUUCGGUAUUCUGAACAAGAGUAUGCAGAUUUCUUUGAUGUUUUUUGUCACUCCAAUCUGAAACUGCUUCCUGAAAGGGAUGUCCCUCGACUUGCCAACUAUGUGAAAGAAGCAACCAAGUGCCAUCCUGGGCUUGUCUCUUUUGUCCUGAAUGAUAUUGUUUUACAAUUUCAACAGCAGCUAAAGCAGGGUGUGGUGCCAUUGACAUUUGAGAAAAUAUUCAAAUUUUUUCAAACAGAUGAUUUCUAUCAAGGUGUUAAGCGAACACGUGCAUGUCAAGAAGUCAUAGUGACAUCUGAAGAAGAACAACAACUUAUUGACAAAGUCUUGUUCCAACCUGGUGGUAUUGACACUCGCAGUGCAGUUGCAGACUGUCUGAUCAAAACAAAUGUCCUUUCAGACUUUCGCCAAGAAUAUUAUUUGAGAAACAGGAAACUUGACUUCACAUCACCACUAGUCCGUGUAGCUUAUCUUCAGGAACGUCUUGGAUCUAGAACCCAUGUACACACUUUACCAAAUUCUUUUGAAGAUUUUAUCAAGAAGGUGUUUGAAUUAAUGAGCCCAGAGACUUUCAAGAAAACCCUUUGUGUGGGUAAUGAUGGUCAACUGCUGGAGAGAGCAUGGCAAAUGGAGUUUUACCAUGCAGCAAGACAACUGCUUCCAAAAAAUGUACAUAUCUCUCCAGAUGUUGGUGCUGUUUUUGCUUCAGAGGGUUGGGUGGACUUCUACAUUGAUGAUAAACAUGAUUGGAUGAUAGAGCUAGUUCGAGAUGGUGAAGAUCUGGAAAAUCAUCAAAGGAAGAUGAAGGAUGAUGGGCUAUAUGGUUCAAUUCUGAAAUGUGCUAAGCAUCAUGCAAUUGUGGAUAUUAGAAAUGGUAUAGGUAGACCUCACAACCUGAAAUCAGGUGUCAUUUAUGUU